GGUAACGGGGGGGAGAUGGCAUCUGGCACCGCGCUGGUGGCACGGGGCUGCGACGCUCUGCGGCAUGACCGGCCUCGUGCCACCAAAGCUCUGGCCGGGACGUCACCCGUGGGGUCACCAGACCCGUGUCACCAACGGAACCUGCUGUCACCACCAACUGGACCUGUGUCACCGAUGGAACCUGCUGUCACCAACCAGACCCAUGUCACCAACAGAACCCAUUGUCACCGACAGAACCUGCUGUCACCACCCAGACCCGUGUCACCAAUGGAACCUGCUGUCACCAUCAACUGGACACAUGUCACUGAUGGAACCUGCUGUCGCCAUCAACCAGACACAUGUCACCAACGGAACCUGCUGUCACCAUCAACCGGACCCGUGUCACCAACCAGACCCAUUUCACCAACGGAACCUGCUGUCACCAACCAGACCCGUGCCACCGACGGGACUUGGUGUCACCGACAGCACAAGGUAUCGUCGAACAGACCCACUGUCACCGACGGGACUCGGUGUCACCAACAGGACAAGGUGUCACCGACAGGACAAGGUAUCAUCGAACAGACCCAGUGUCACCGACGGGACCCGGUGUCACCGACAGGACAAGGUAUCACCGAACAGACCCCCUGUCACCGACGGGACUCGGUGUCACCAACGGGACUCGGUGUCACCAACGGGACAAGGUAUCACCGAACAGACCCAGUGUCACCGACGGGACCCGGUGUCACCGACAGCACAAGGUAUCGUCGAACAGACCCACUGUCACCGACGGAACUCGGUGUCACCGACAGGACAAGGUGUCACCGACAGGACAAGGUAUCACCGAACAGACCCACUGUCACCGAUGGGACUCGGUGUCACCGACAGGACAAGGUGUCAUUGAACAGACCCGGUGUCACCGACAGGACAAGGUGUCACCGAACAGACCCACUGUCACCGAGGGGACUCGGUGUCACCAUUGGGACCGGCAGCCCCGGUUGUGCCGGGUUUUGCCGCGGGAGCCUCUUGGCCCUGACCUGCCCCCGGUGCCUUCGCCGCCCUCGCGGCCGCUUCACCUAUAAAAGGUGGAAAAGCCUCCCCCCUGCUUCAGCCUCCGUUCGUCAGCGCCAGCCUCGUUAGUGUUAAUUAAGCUGCCGGUGGGAGGGGACGUGCAGUGCGUGGUGCGGUUUUUCCCAGCAAGCAGGCAGCAAAACUUUGGCAGACCCCCCAAGAAUUAAGCAUUUUAGGGUUUUUUUUUUUUCCUCUCUUUUUAUUUGUGAUAAACCCGAACACUAACAGCAA